UCCUGUGGUUCAGUUCAGAGUCAGUUGUCUGAGGCUGGGAAACACAACCACUCAACAUGGACGGCGCUGCUUUGCGACGGACCUGCAUCUGUCUUAUUGUCUCUGUUUGGAUCCAUGUCGUUACUGGAAGAGCAAUAGGUAGCAGCAACAUAAACUGUGGUUCAGCAUCUACCACUGUCUAUCUGGGUGCUGUGAAUGAAGGAUAUACAGGUGAUGUGGAGCUGGUGUCCGCUAUCCCAGUUGAUACUAUUGUGACCCUGGAGCCUGACCUUUAUCCUGAGCAUCUUCAGUUUGUGGAGUUGAGCUUCACACCAGGGGAAACCACAGCGACUGUUCGCACCAAGAAGCCACUUGACGCCGACGUCCUCACUACGACUGAUAGAGUCUUGUACUACACUUUGGUUUGUGACAAUAAUUCCAGAAAUUUCCGCAGGCUGAUAAUCAGUGAUAUCAAUGACAACAGUCCAGUAUUUGAGAAGAAGUUUUAUUCUCAAAAUAUUUCAGAGAGCCACGCUUUGAACACGGAGGUUCUGCAAGUGACAGCUGUGGAUGCAGACAUCACACCUGAAUUCAGUCUCCUGAUAUACACCUAUUCACCAGAAACAGCAGAUUUUUCCUUAGCAAACUCCGGGGCGUUUACCUUAAUGAGACCUCUGAACUACAACAUAGUACCAAAGUACAAUUUUAUUGUCACUGCCAUGGACGGUGGUGGAAACAGUGACACAACCUCAGUUGAGAUUAUUGUAGAAGACGUUGAUAACUUAAACCCCUUUUUCAGCCACAGUCUCUAUCAGGCUGUUAUUCCAGAGAACCAGGACGGGGUUCUCAGUGAAAUAAAACCAGAACCAAUAAAGGCCCAAGAUGGAGACACUGGAAUCAACAUGACGAUAACAUACAGCAUCAGUUCAGUCUCUCCUGCCGAGUACCAACCAAACUUCAACAUCGACUCCAACACCGGAGCUCUGUCUGUGGUGACGUCGUUUGACAGGGAGGAAAUGGACAGCAGUGAAAUCUCUGUCAACAUCCAGGCGGCCCAGACAGACGACCCUCUGAAGACCGCUGAUGCUGUCGUGUCCGUCACGGUGGAAGAUGUGAACGACAACGCUCCAGAGUUUGAUCAGUCGAGCUACAACGUCUCCCUUCUGGUGAACUCCCUCGCUAAUUUGGACAAGAACAUCACCGUGAUCAGAGUGAGCAUCACGGACGACGACAACGACAACAAACCCGAGUUCAGCUCCAGCAGCUAUGAAACCAGCACCGAGGUGAAAGACGCAGCGAAGGGGAAGGUGGUGCUGACGCUGAGAGCCACCGACAAAGACAUCGGAAACAACUCGCUUAUCACCUACAGUUUUUCGGAAGGACAUUCGCCACAUUUGGCCUUAGACAGCGAAACAGGAGAAGUGACGUUGACCUCUGACCUUGCUGAUGUAACAGAAGACACCACACUGGUUCUGACAGCCGAGGCCACAGAUCAUGGCAAACCACCGCUCAGCGCCACAGCUCUUGUGGUGGUGAACAUCAGGAUCACCAGUUCUGAAGGCGUGGCGUUCCUGAACUCCUCCUACAACUUCAGCCUGAAAGAGAACGAGAAUUCGGGGGUCACUGUGGGGCAGGUCCACGCCUCUGCAGGAAGCGACCUGUACGAGGUUUCCUAUGGACUGAGAACACACGAAGACCUGUUCUCCAUCGACAGCAGUGGUACCAUCUUUUCCACAAAAGAGCUGGACAAGGAGGAGCAGGAGUGGUACAUCCUGGAUGUGGAGGCUGUGGACAAUCGGACGCCUCCCACAUCAGCAGUGGCGCUGGUCAGAAUUCAGGUGGAGGACGUAAACGAGCCUCCAGAGUUCUCCUCGGAUGAUUAUAAAGCCUCUGUGUUCAGCAUCGCCCCGUACAAAACCCCAGUCAUCCAAGUAAAGGCCUCGGACCCAGAUGUUGGAGACAACAGUCGCUUGGUCUACAGUCUGCCAGCAGGAAACUCCUCCUUUGACGUGGAGUCGGCUUCAGGUCAGCUGUAUGUGGUGUCAGCAGCAGAUCUGGGUGGAAAAACCGUCACAAUGGAGGUGAAGGCCACAGAUCCCCAUGGACUUUCUGCUACAACCACAGUAAAGGUUGUGGUUCACGGCAGCAGCGACGUGACGACCAUCUCUCUGAAUAAGCCGGCUGACAUUGUGGAGGACAAUAUUCCAGAGCUGGAGGAGGCUUUAGGUAAAGCACUGGGCUGGACGGUGAACAUAAUCCAGGUGCAGAACUCUGGUGGAGGAGAAAGUCAAACGCUGAGGGCAUCGGUCAAGACUCUGGUCAGCUUCGUUGCUUUUGAUGGCGAUGAAGUUGUUAAACCUCAGGAAGUCGCAAAGAAACUGCAGAGAGAGUUUGAAAAGGUCAGAGCGGAGCUGGCCAAGGUGUUGGGAGACGAUGUUCGAUUUGAAGUAGAAACGGGAAAAGACCCUCCAGGCUUCAGCUCAGGCCAAACUGCAGGCGUCGUUGUGGGGGUUUUGCUUGGCCUGACUGUAAUGGGACUGACUGUUUAUGUAUUUAAAAGGAAAAUCAUACCAAACAGAAGACGGAGAAAUUCCAAGGAAACUUGGGCAGACGUAGGUGUCAUCUUUGAAAUGUUUAAAUUAAAUAUUUCAUCAAUUCAACCAUUUAAACAAAAGGCUAAUCAUUUGUUUGUGUUACAGUUGUGAAUAAAUUAAUGAUUGGUGGACAAAUCCAUCUUUGCUGAGACGAUUGCCUGAUGAUGACGGUUCAUCAAACCAAGCCUGGAGGAUCUUGGACUCAGUACCACCUUUAUGCACCAGAAUAAUAAUCUUAGACUAUUUUAUUUAUUUGACCUCUGUGACUUUAAAAUAUCCUUCAAGCACAUCAGAGUUUGUCUCUAGUUAAAUGUCAGAGUGAAGAUUUGCCAACAUGAAUGGGAUCCCAUUUCUAGAUUAAUGUUUGUACAAAUCUACUUAAUGAAAGUGUUUUAUUAGAAAUGUUAUCAGAGCAAAUCACA